UGAAAAAAAGCCGCCAAUUGAUUAAAUUGAUUCGUACUCCACACAAGUUGAGCAGUCUUGCUGUGAGUGCACACCUUGAUGGACCUCCAAAGUAUUAAUUGCUAAAGAGAUUCUGUAAAGAGUAUUUAAAAAAAAAGUGAAUGUCACCGAGAGUACCUGUGCUGAAGAGGAAAUUCAACACGCGAUAUCUACCAAGCAGCUGCAUUUGAGGAGUGUCCUGUGACUUGUGAGGUGUUCCGCCCUCGUGGAAAAUUUAUCACACUGUGGUGGCCCAGUGAAAAAUGCAGACUAUCGGAAAAGUGAUAAUCCCCCUGAUUCUCUUUGUCUUCUCGCGGGAAGCAUUCGCAGCCCCAGUUGCCGGUGUCGAUGGAGAUUCUCCACUUCAAGUCAUCACAAUUCUCUCCCCUGAAGGAGCCAUAAAUGUCAACCACCGGAAUGAUCGCAAAUUUCGCGAAGAGGACCUCCCAGUUGAGAAGGAUUCCUCAGAAAUUGUCAUAAUUCAACCCCUUCACCCGCACUACCACCAAGAUCGACAUCUCCGAAUGCUGGGAGUCUCUCAACGUCCACUGGGUCAUGAAGUUGAUGUGAAUUUUGCCGCUGGAGCAUAUCCCGUCUAUUACGCCAUUGCCAGAGCCAAUGGGAGCUUUGGCAGAAAUAUCCGAGCCUUGCCAAAGGAUGAACUCGACAAUCACCUCUCCUCGUAGAAUGCUGCUGUUAAAAAUGCCCCGCAACACUAUUUAUUUAUUUCCGCCAAAUUCUUGGACAAGAAAAAAAUCCAUUUCCGUGUGAAUCUCAAAAGAGAAGCUGUGCAAGCCGUGAAAAUAAUUCACAAGUGAAACCAAUGAAGCAAUAAACGAGAAUUUUGAUUAGAUAA